GUCAUACGUGCCCGCCCGCUGCUCGCGUGCAUUGCCCGUCGCUCUUCCGCAAUGCAUCUUGCUCUUGACCACCAUUGCUUUCCUCCGGUCGCCGCGUAAGCCCUCCAAUCCACGGCGCUAUCAUGUCGUCGUCGAGGAACUGGCUCGGGAACAUCGCUGACAAGCCAGCCGCACUGCGCUGGGCGGCCGAGGCAUCCGAGAAAUCUUCAACAUUUUCAACUGUCUCGGAGUCCCUGCAACUUCGCCGAGCUAACGUCAAAAGAUGGAUUGAGGAGUUCGUCAAAGAGAUGUACGACAUUACUGCAGACGAUUUUUGGACUAUGGAGGACAUUGGCCUCUAUUUCGAACGCUUUCUCUCACUCCGUGCAAAGUACGCCAACCCGUCGACUCAGCGUAGGCGCAAUGGCCACCAGAGGAUUACGUACUCCACACUUCGCCAGUGGAAGGAUGUCGUUGUAUAUCUCAUCUACAAGUUUCAUCCUAAGGGAGCAAUGCUCCUCUCCCAAGGGCUCUUUGCCCGCCUUUACCAACACAUCACCUUCCUCCAAAGAGAGCUUGAAAUGGAUCGGCACCUACCUCUCCAAGAGGGUUUCGGGAGGCUGGAGUUACGCAUACUCACGGAACGCCUGUAUGCACAGGCAACUGACCCCCUUUGGGCAAACCAGACUGACAUCACAUGGAAGUUGUGUUUCGUCACAGGCUGCCGACCAGGGUCCAUCGGGGCGACGUAUGCGUCGUCCGAGUCCAACGGAUUUUACAUGAAAAUCAGGGACCUUCACCAGAUCACACGGGUAGGCUAUAUGCAAUGGAACAUCCAGUUGCAUAUCAAUGUGCUGAAGGGAUACUCAAUCGGUGAGGGCAAAAGGAUCGUGGUCAUGCUGCGGCCUGUCACGUCUCCGAUGAACGUCGUGUUCGAUGUGACACUGCUCAUCGUCAUGAACCUGUUCAUGCGAGGGAUGCUCUACCACUCAACAUGGCAGGCUGUUUGUGACGAUGAAACAUUUCAACUCAACGUCCGGCCCGAGUACAAGAACCAUCCCCUGAUAUGCAAAGGCAAAAACGGCCAAGGAGGGGUGGUGGAAGGCGAGCCCAUGCGAUCAUCGGCCAUGCAAGAGAUAUUUGCAAGAUUCGCAGGGCAGUGUGGCUUCAAGGAUGCUCGCCUCUACAACUUCCGAAGAGACUUUGCCGCGGACAUGAUGGACGCAUUUGGCGAGGAGGAGACUCAGCAAGCGAUGGGCCAUACACCGGGCGAGGUUUUAGUGAGUUUAAUGCAUGUAUCUACCUACCUACUGUGCUCAUUUUACGCAAAAGCGGAAUAACUAUCUCGAAAGCGUCGCCGGAAAAGACCUCGUUGGCGUGCGAUCGGGCGAGGCCAUCGCCUCGCGCAAGCACCUCAACUGGUCCAGGCAGCCUGCCCUCCACGAAAACGUCGUGAUAAUGACACCUGCAG